AUGCGUCUGCUUCCUCCAUUGAGGUGGAUUCACGUGUGCGGCGGCACUUUGGAGAGCCGUACGGCACUGCUGCAUAGCUGCCGGCGGGUUACUACCGCCACCGGCAGCGGCAUGGUUCAAGGCAGCAGGAGAAAGGCUGGCGGUAGUGAUACGAACAGCAACGACGCUAACAGGGGUCCAAGCAACGGAAGUGAUCAACUGAUCCCUUGCAAUUUGAAUGAACGUGGCCCGUUGGAUGAACCCGACGCCGUCUUUUCUCCCGUCCCCCGAGCAGAGAUCCCAACCGAUGCCGCGGCUGCUACAAAUGCGGACGCCGCCGCUGCAGGACUUUACUCCUCCUUAUCGACUUCCCAACGAGGUGUACCGUCGAUUCUGUCUUCCGGGAGCAAUGCCAUGUCUGACUCUCGGCUGCACGAACUUGCGGCACAAGAAGAGGAGCGGCGUGUGGCGCGGCACAAAAAGCUCUUCGAGGACCUCAUUGUAUUUGAGGGUGGGGCGCUUGCUGACCACGAUUCACUAGGCACCGCACUUAUCAUGCGGGACUUUAUUCACUUUGCUCUCUACCACAAGAAGUGGGGGUAUUACCCGAAGCUGCACCGCAAAUAUCGACAGCUCAUGACAAGCGGCUACUUCGAUCCAGUGCCAUUUAGCAGCCUUCGGAAUCAGCACGACUAUGAACGCUACGUCGGCAAAAUUCACGAUUCAACUCCUGCUUGCAUCACACCAACGCAGCUGUUUCAGCCUCACUAUGGUUGGGUGUUGGCGGAGUAUCUCGUGACGAUGAUGCGGGCAAAAUUUGACCCCCGUGAGCCGCUUGUCGUGUACGACAUUGGGGCAGGAACAGGGGCACUGGCGGUGAGUGUGCUGGACUACCUUGCGGAACACUUCUCUGCCGUGUACGCGCAGUGUGAGUAUCACGUGGUGGAGCAAAAUCCUCAACUUGUGCAAGUGCUUCGUAACCGCCUCAUCACACAUUAUCAUCAUGUCAAGAUACAUAACAUUUCCAUUCUUAAUUGGCGUCAGUUGGAACAACGUCGCUGCGUUUUGUUGGGGGUUGAACUUCUCUCUGGGAUGCCACACGACUGCGUCGUGCUGAGUGGCGAUGAGGUUUGUAAUGAACACUGGUUUGGUUUUCAGCAGCACGACAAUCUUUCCACUGCCCAUGAGCGUUACUACGCUCUGAAGGACCCUGUUAUCCUCCGCUACCUGCGUUACGUGCGUUGGAUGCAGGAGGAGUCAUUUCAUAGCCUUAAGAUGUUAUGUCUCACCGGUGGGCGUGAGAACAUUGACCCGCCUCCGUUUACUAGCAUUGAGCCGAAUAUGCAGGAUCCUCUGCGUGUUAUCGUCACGAAGGUUCUCUGGACCCACAGCCCACUUCGCACUCUCUGGCUUCCAACAGCUGCAAUGCUCUUCCUCGAGACCUGCGCCGCGUACUUCCCCAGACAUCAUCUUUUUCUUGUUGACUGGUCAGGCGUACGACAGGCUCUACCAGGUGUUAACGGGCCAGUGUGUCAAUGCAAAGUGCGUGUGGCGAAGGACCUUUACCUUCGCCGCCCCGCCGAUUCGCUGCAUGGCAACGCCGGCAUGGUUGACAUUUGUUUCCCGACUGACUUCGAGCAUCUGGCAGUGGUGUACCGCAACAUCUGCGGGGCACACAAAGAUGUCUCAAGUCUCACCCACCCGCAGUUUUGGAAGACGUUUGGCGGCGACAAGACAGCCCUCUUCACGACACGCAGCGGCUUCAAUCCUCUUCUCGAAGACUUUGAGCCGUUCCACGUCUUUGCCACGCACCACCCCCCAGAGAUGUGA